GGCGGAUUCAACGGCGGCGAUGGGAGGAGAAUGAGCGGGGAGAACUGGUGGCGGAGGAGGUUAUAGUUAUUUCAAUCUAAGUCCAAAUGUCGGUUUCAUGUUCCGAUCUUCUCUGUGGGGAGGAUUCCGCCGAUUUGUUCUCCGGCCAGUCGCCCCAAUGUUCGUCGGAGUUCGAUUCAUCGGCGUGCAUCGAGGAAUCGUCCAUCGCGAGUUUCAUUGAAGGCGAGAGGAACUUCGUUCCCGGAUUCGACUACCUGGCUCGAUUUCAGUCUCAAUCGCUCGAUGCAUCGGCUCGAGAAGAGUCGGUUGCAUUUGCAUGGAUUCUCAAGGUCAAGUGGUCUCCGACCACAUUGAAGAUGCACUCCCCUUUUCCCUUGGGCAGAUUCUCAUGUUCAACUAAUUUCAUCACCUCAUCCACCAAUCUUAGUGAUGGUGGAACCUUAGUUUCUAGUGAUGGAAGCUUUGAACUGGGCUUCUUCAGUUCUGGAAGUACAGCCAAGAGACGUUACUUGGGAAUUUGGUUAAAGAAUAUCCCAGUUCAAAAUGUUGUUUGGGUUGCAAACAGGUCCGGUGAGCAGAGUAGAAAACCCAGAUUCAAGAGGAACCAAGUACCAACAGAACUACAGAAGGGUCUUCCGCUGAUCGUCCGCCACUUCGCCGAUCUUCUCUUCGUCGAUCGUCCGCCAAUUUCUCUUCCACCGAUCGUCCGCCGAUCUUCUCCUCUGUCACUGCACUUCUUCUGUUCCGCCGAUCUUCACCAUCUACCUCAUCUGAUUGGCUCAAAACAGAAUAGAUCGUCUUCGGGAAAGUGGUUUCUCUCCUCUGCUAAGCACCUCCUCCUCAUCUCCUCUGUUGACUGCCGAUCACCUCCUCCUUCCUCACUGGACUGAAACAGCAAAGCAAAACAAAAGUCACACUGUUGCAGAACAUACCAUCUCCUCCAUCGCUGCCCUCCUUCUCUUCCUCAUCUCCUCUGUCGGUGCCCUUCUUCUCUCUGCUCCACCGAACAGAAGCAGCAACAAAAAUCAGAA